AUGUGGAACCUUGUUGGUGUUGUCUGUUUGAUGCUAGUGAUGUGCCCGAAUCCUAUUGAGUUAACUUCAAGCACCGAAUCUUCACCAGAUGGCGACAAUGUUCCUGGUGUGCCUUUUGCAGGACAUUCUUCUGCUUCUGCAAGAAAUCAAAGAACUGAGAUUGACCUGAAUUGUCCUCCUGCCGAUUCUCCUCCUUCUUCCGAGGAUCUUCUUCGUUUUAGAUCCAGGUCUCCUCAUGCAGGGUCUUCUUUUCGUGUCAGGUGCAGGUCCCUAUCAGCUAAUCAAUCAAUGACUGAAGCGGGCCUUACUAGUUGCUGCGGAAUAUUUGGGAAAAAAGGACCCAAAACACUAGAAGGACAAGAUUACGGACAUGCGCAAGCACAGCUAGGACACGAUGGACACUACGGUAAUGCGGAUUCACCAAGAAACUCAGAAGGCAGUACUGCGUCAACACACGAAAUAGGCGAAUAUCCAAUGUCGGAAUUACACUCAGGUAACCAACCUGCGGGUUCGCCAUUACAUUCAGAAGCUAGUUAUCGGGGUGCACCAUUACCCCAUAGUCAUAGUCUUCCUCCGCAAGGAAACCUAGGAGGUAGUCAUGGGGCUAUGACAUUAUACCAAGCAGGAGGCGGUUAUGGAGCUCAGCCAUCACACCAAGGAGGAGCCAGUUAUGGCGCUCCACCACCACACCAAGGAGGAGGCGGUUAUGGCGCUCCACCACCACACCAAGGAGGAGGCGGUUAUGGCGCUCCACCACCACACAAAGGAGGAGGCGGUUAUGGCGCUCCACCACCACAACAAGGAGGAGGCGGUUAUGGCGCUCCACCACCACACCAAGGAGGAGGCGGUUAUGGCGCUCCACCACCACACCAAGGAGGAGGCGGUUAUGGUGCUCCGCCACCACACCAAGGAGGAAGCAAUUAUGGGGCUCUGUCCUCACACCAAGGAGGUGGAUAUGGUCCGUCACAUGACCUAGGAGGCGGUCAUCGUGCUCCGCAAGGACAACCAGGAUACCCAGGACAGCACGGUCAAGUGAUGUCAGGAGGAUUGAACGGAAACCAAGGAAACCCGGAAUACCAAGGAAACCAUCAAUACUACGGAAACGGUGGUUCUCAUAGUUUUCCACAAUCUGGAGGACACGGAACUAUUUCGACUUGGGAAGCAUCCCAAAAUCACAACCAUAGUGCUCCGCAGAUAAGAGACCCCGGUCGAGAAGCUUGGAAAUACCUGAGCGAAACACCAUACUUCCAAGAACUAGAUGAAAAAUUUAAACUUCCUUGA